AUGGCUUACCAAUUGCUAUUGUACAAAAGUAUUGAGAUGCAUCUUAGCAACACUCCUAUCAUGGAUAUGAACAUAAUCAUGCAGGACACUUGGCUGAAGGGACUUGGAGUUGCACUUCUCUUGAGGCGUCGCAAGAGGAAGAACCCAUUGAGCAACUUCAGGAUGCCAAAGAUGGGCCACAAUGCUUUGAUAUCAAUGCGGUUUAUGAUGCAGAUGAUGAUGUUGAUGAUGCACUCACUGAAAGAAAUGAAGAUGUGCUUCAAGGAAGGGCUAAUACUCUGUCAUGAGAUGAAGAAGUCUGCAACAGCUUUUGGUGGCCAGAAGCUGCCAGAAGCCGAAACAAACAGCCCCAAAGUGACGAUUUCUUUAUCAAAAGGCUGGUAUGCAUAUCAACUGCCGAUUAACCUCCUGUCGGUAUUGAGAAUAGACAGUGCGAUCCUGAGCGUCCGUUUCUGUCCAGACGGUCAAACAUUUCCCGCCCAAUCAAACCCAAACCCUCACCGGCCACCGCUCAGUCGCUCAACAGACGCCGCCUCCUCGUCGCCGGCGACCCCAGAUUCAACAUCCGCAUGCUCUAAUCGGGCGCGCAGCUCGGUGAGGAAGGAGAUGGAGGAGUUCCAGGCGGCGGUUCGAGGCGGAGACUCGCGAGGAAGUGCGGAGGCUGAGGGAGGUGCAGAGCAGUGCGAUGUACUCGAAGUCUCGAACAACACAGAGAUUGCUGCAGGAGAAGCUAGGAAGCCUGAUCUGACUGCUAAGAAGGCAAAGCUGGGCGAGAGCAUGGCUUCAGCCCGCUAGUUCAGAGCACUGCUUCAGCAGCAGCUCCAGAAAACUUUUCAGUCACAUGGGAUCAGAAAGCAGCUCAAGCUACCAUUUUAAGCAGAUAUUUUUCGUUUCCAGGACACCAAGAAAGCCUUGUUUUGUGGGUAGCACAUUACAAAAUUCAUCUUAAUCUGGUGGACACUAUAAAAAUGUGCAUUUAUGUAUAGCACACCAUAUCAAUUAAUAAACUCCUUUUGUGCA